AUGUCUUCUGAUAGUUUGGUUGAUAGUUCAACUCCUGUAGUCGAUCAACAACAGGAGGAUGGCGAAAAGACACAACAACAACAACAACAAAUAGUUCAUACAUCAGAAGAGGAUGAGAUUGUAAAUGAACAAGAACAAGAACAAGAGGAAGAGGAACAAGAACAAGAAGAUCAGGAACGUACUGCAGCAUUGUUAAAGUUGAGAAGUCAGGUGAUGGAGGAUAGAAAGUCAGCUUAUAGCAGUGAUAGUGAGAUGGAGUCAGCGCCACAGCCACCAAGAUUGUUGAAGAAGGGUCCAUCAUUCAGGGGCAGUGGCAGUGGACUAAAGUCACAACAACAGGAUGAUGAAAGCGAUGAUAUUGGUGCACCAAAUGUUAAUGUCAAUCACGUACCCAAACUCAUGGCCAACCUUGUCAUGUUCUCAUCCGACUCUGAGUCAGAGUCCACCUCUGGUCAACACGAGAAGAAGCAGAGGGAUAAGAGACUGACCGGUGUGUGUUCUGAUGGAACGAGAUUCCCCGUUCCAUUUACAAAGAAUCCUCUUACUCUUCAUCCAUUCUCCCAGUGGACAUUCUUUGAUUAUGCCAAGAAUGCCUCUCUGCUCAAUAUACUGUUGCUUUUGUUCAACUUGCCAGGUUGGUUCUUCAUUGUUUGGUUCAUGUUCUGGAGGUUUGGCUAUAACAUUGGCCUGGGUCUGAUCCUCUACUACCAAUCAAAGUAUCAAUUCUUGACAAAGCUGUUCAAAUCAAUCAAUCCAAACAGUCCACUCUACAAGGUGCUCAAGGACUUCUGCUCAUCUGGUAUGGGAGAUGACUAUGAUUAUGAUAAAAUACCAGCUGAUUAUAAUUCAUGGAUUGCAUUCAGACAUGUUGUAGACAUUGUUCUGGCCAAUGAUCUGGUGACAUACAUCGUGUUUGCCUUGCGUUACUAUGAGUUCCCAUCCGAUGCCAACUGGACCAUCAUCCCAAUCUACAUCAUUGGUGCCGUACUCUGCAUCUUCACCUUCUGGGCCAAGACCGAUGCCUACCGUGUCGUCAAAGACUUUGCCUGGUACUGGGGCGACUUCUUCUUCUUGGUAGAGCAGAAGCUUACAUUUGAUCGUGUGUUCUCCAUCUCCCCACAUCCAAUGUACACGAUUGGAUACACGUUCUAUUAUGGCGCCAGUCUUAUCUCCCAGAACUACGUGGUGUUGUACGUCAGUCUGUUUGCUCACUUCUGUCAGAUGUUGUUCUUGGUGUUGGUGGAGGACCCACACAUCCAGAAGACCUACCCAGACAUUGUCGAGGAUCCAUUCAUCCGUAAGGAGAAGGUGUCGUCCUACUUCCGCCACGACCUCAUCGUCGUCAAGAACUUCUUCUUCCUGCGCUCGGGCGAUCUGUUCACACUGCUCAUCAUCGCCUACACCCUGGCGUUCAAUCUCAUCAACCUGCCCCUCUGGUUCUACGUCGUCCAGGCCGUCUUCUGGCGUCUCAUCCUUUCCUUUGGCCUGGGCAUGGUGCUCCAUCUCCAAGGUCACGACCAAUGGUGGACCAACAAAUUUGCUCAACUCAACCUCGACAGUCACACUGCAUUCGAGAACUGGAAGAGCAUCUACAACUUAGUCUUGAUCAUGACUCAUCUCUCGUUCACAUGCUGCUUCUUCAAGGUCGCUGAGAUUGACUUGGACUUCUUUGGCAGCUCAUUCUGGAGACAGAUCGCUGGAGUCUUGUUGAUUCUGCUCAAUGCCUGGUCGUCGCUGUCCACCUUUGAGGUGCUGGGCAGCUUUGGUUGGUUCUACGGCGACUUCUUCAUCGACGAGGUGCCAUCGACACUCUACUACACCGGUAUCUACCGUUUCCUCAACAACCCCGACUCGGUCACAGGCUUUGCCGGCUACUACGGCCUGUCACUGAUCUCUGGCAGCUUCACAAUGUUUGUCCUGACGAUCUCGUCGCACGUGGCCAACUUCCUGUUCGUCAAGUACGUCGAGCAUCCACACAUGAAGAAGCUGUACGGCAACAAGGUGCGCACGCAGUCUGGUAUCUCGCGUGGCAUUCGCGAGAUUGUCAACGAGGCCGUGUCGAGCUCGCCACCUCUGCAGAAGUUCAACUACUAUGUAAAUAAGACCAAGCACUUCACCGAGCGCGUCGAGAGGAGGGUCUCAGAGAGAAUGAACAGAAUGAUGGACGAGCUGCGCGACAAGGGUAUCCCACUGUCGUCCGAGCAAGCCACCAUCUUCAAGAACAUUCUAGACGCAAGCAAUGCCGCGCCAAGCAAGAAGCCAUCAGCGUCAAAGAAGCAGAAUUAA